AACACAUCCUCACUUCUGCCUCUCACCACUAAGACUGAAGCUACUCACCUCAGCCCUGUGAGAUCAGCUCAAUAUUUCAGUGUGACGAAAAGAAAGCAGCCAAUGUGAAGCAGAGCAAACGCCUUAGUUGGCCGAAGAAAAAUCAUCUACAGAGUCAGUGAGUAUGAUAACAUAGAGCAACAUCCACACCAGGCAACUAUGGUGGACAUCAGUGACAUAGUGGAUAAUGUUGCCAUCAUUUUAUAUGCACUGACCGUUGUGCUCGGCAUCACGGGGAACUCUAUAGUGAUCUGGGUGGCUGGAUUCAAACUUAAGCCAAAGGUCACCAACGUGUGGCUGGUGAAUCUGGCGAUAGCAGACCUGAUCUUCUGCUUCACACGGGUUCUCUCCCUCACUCAGAACCUCUUCUUUGACCACUGGCCUUUUGGCCUCUUUCCCUGCAAGUUCAAUGGCUUCUUCAAAUACACCAACAUGUUCUGCUCUGUCUUCCUGCUGGCUGUGAUCAGUCUGGAUCGAGUGCUCUGCAUCUGGCGGCCGGUCUUCACAAGGCGCCGACGCACGCUGUGGGUAGCGAGGAUGGUGGCAGUCUGCGUCUGGAUCACAGCGAUCCUCUUCAGCAUUCCCUACUUCAUCCAUCGCCAAAUGUACGUGGACACCAACAACCUUACUAAAUGUUCUGUGGACCCAAAAGAGAAGGCAGAAGGGUACAACAGCACCAAAGUUGCUCUGUACUCCAUCCGCUUCCUGUGCGGCUUCAUAUUUCCCUUCGUGGUCAUUCUGGUCUGUUAUACCCUGGCUGGGGUGGGAAUCCGACGCACACGCCUGUUAGGCAAGUCCCGCCCCCUGCGUAUACUAGCAUGUUUGGUCAUUGCCUUCUUCCUGUGUUGGGCACCUUACCACUGCCUCCUAAUGGUGAAGAUGGUGGACAAUAAUAAUGCAGUGGUGAAAAUCUGGUACCCUGUAGCAAAGGGUGUUGCCUACUUUAACAGCUGUGUGAACCCGCUGUUGUACUUCUGCAUGGGGCUAAAAGCUAGUGAUGGCUUUAGGCAGAGUGUAAUGAGAGUUUAUAAAAGAGCUCUGAUAGAUGAUAUGGACGGUCAGAUGACUCAGUCCACUGAUCGCUCUUUGGAUUAAAGCUCUGGGUUGAAACACAGAAUUGUUGUGAUGGCAGGAAUAAGUGGGUGUAGCUAAAGUUAAAGUUUCCCCCAAUGAUCCUAAAGCUCAGAAAAAUUAAUGUCUUUGUUUUAAACCAUUAGCUUAACAGUGAAAUGGCAAUAGCAUUUUAAAAUAGUUAAAGUAGUUGUUAAUAUGAUUUGUUAUCUGUGGAUUUUCAUCGCAGGUUAUGUGCCACAAGAAGUAGUAGGUAUGACUGUGAAAAGGCUUUUUCUUUCAUUCUGUGCUCAGUGAAGAAAACAUACAUUUGACACACUUUAGUGAAACACAGUGUUUUUGUGUCCACAAGUGACCUUUCUUUUUGAGGUGUCUGCAGCACCAGGGGGACUUGCCAUGUUCAUUUUUUUCUGAGUUUUUGUUUUGUUUUUUGUUUCUGUGACUCUUUAAAAGCUAUUUAGCACAGGAUACUUUCACUGAACAGUGUGCUAAUUGCUUAAGACUUGUCAAUGUUAAGCUAAGGCUAUGUACACAGGUGUUUUUGAAAACGCAGCUGUUUCUCUGCGUUUAGGCCUUUCGUCCACACGUAAACAGCUUUGUGGCUAACUGAAAACAGAGAUUUUUAAAAACUCCUGCCAAGGUGGAGAUUUUCAAAAAGUCCAUUUUUGCAUUUACGUGUGGACGAGGAAAACAGAAAUUUAGUCACGCAACCUCAAAGGUGUGCGCCGUUUUUGACGUCACGCUGUGCGCCACGUUAUUGUUUCUAUAAUGGUGGAUAGAGACAAAAUACUGUUGCUGUUAAUCUGACUACCUGCAGUUUGUACACGCUUACAUACACACACAGCUACUGUCCCUCCAUGUAGACAGACAGAGGCAUCAGAGUGAACACCAGAUGUGGCUUCUACAUUCAACAUAGACUCUCUCACAACCCAAAUCCUGAUGUCAGUUUGGAAUAGAUUUAAUUUUUUAGAAAUUAAAUUUAUGUGUGCUGUAUGCGUUUUGUUCAUUCCUAAGCUGUGAGUCUACACCAGCCAAAAUAGUGUCUUUAGUUAUUAACAUUUGAAAUGAUGACAGCACUUGAACAGUAACACAAAAUUAGCUGCCUUCCCAGAACAACACAAAAACUUUUCAGAAGUGCUUAAAGUUUUGUGCCCUCACAAAACCCUGUUUACUCUUUCCCUCCCAGGCUUCUAGAAUUCUGAUUGGCCAACAUUUCUACACAGUUAGGAUUUGGCAUGUUCUUGACAGCGUUUGACUUCGUUUUUAGCGUUUACAUGUGGACAGGGAUAUUUUUUCAAAGCUCCCCGUGUGGACGGAAUUAAAAAAAACCCCAAAAAACGGAAAAUCCCAAUUUUCAAAAAUACCCGUGUAUGUGUGGAUGUAGCCUAAAUCUCAUCAUUCUAUAAUUUAUAUCAUUCAACCACAGUUUUGAAGGUCAAUUUACAUAUAAUAUAAAAUGUUUUUAAAGGCAAAUAUUGUAAAUUUAAAUGUAGUACAGUGAUACUGCAUUACAGCAAUAAUAUUUUUUUAAGCAAAGGUAAUAUUUGAAUAAAUAACUAUGUUUAACACUUAUAUCUAUUAAAUAAAAAUUCCUUUAUGUGAAAUUAUAUUUAAAUCAUCAGUUUGUACUUGAUGGGAUUUAUUAUGAACAAUAUAAUGUAUUGUAACAGAAAUAACGAUCUUAUCAAUGAUUUUA